UCUCCCUUUCAUCCAGGCCAACCACAAGGCUCUCUGCCUUCAACAUCCUUCAGGAAACUGAGUGAUCAGAGGGGCCGGCCAAUAUUUCUGCAACAUAGCAUUCCCGUCAUGACAGAGGAGAUGGCCCGGAAUGCCCUUCUGAGCUUUGUGAAUUCCAGGUGUUGCUAUGGAAACCGAGCAGCUGGGGAGCUGGUCAUUCAGGAUCUGAGGCAGCAGAUGCUAUACAGAUAUCGACUGGAGACCUUUAGUGAAUCCAGGUUAAGUGAAUGGACAUUUCAACCUUAUACUAAUCAUUCAGUAGAUGGUCCAACAAAAGGAGCAUCUCCCAAGCCUUGGGACAUCAAAGUGCACAUCCCUCCCAUGUUUCAGGAGGAGACUAAGAAGUUUCAAGUGCCACACUCCUCCUUAGUCAAGGAUUGCCACAAAUGCCAGGGACGAGGACGGUACAAGUGCAGUGGGUGCCAUGGGGCUGGCACGAUGCGAUGUGCAUCCUGCAGCGGGGCCAAACGCAAGGCUAAGCAGUCUCGAAGAUGUCAGGUGUGCUCUGGUUCUGGGAGGAAGAGGUGCAGCACCUGUUCAGGUAGGGGGAACAAGAACUGUGCAAUAUGUAAGGGAGAGAAAAAAUUAUUGCACUUCAUCCAGCUGGUCAUCACCUGGAAAAACAGCCUGUUUGAGUUUGUCACUGAGCACCACAUGAACUUUCCCGAGGAGCUGUUGGUUAAAGUCAGAGGAGAAAAUAUAUUUAAGGAUGAAAAUGUAAUGGUAUAUCCUAUCAUUGACUUCCCCAAACAGGAGAUAUCUUUAGCAUCCCAGAGAGGCAUUGCUGAGCACAGUAAUGCUUUGGCUGGGAGGUCUCGAGUUCUCCAACAGCGUCAGACCAUUGAGCUAAUCCCAUUAACAGAAGUUCAUUAUUGGUACCAUGGGAAGACUUAUGUCUAUUACAUCUAUGGUUUGGAGAACAAGGUGUAUGCACUGGACUACCCAGAGAGAUAUUGCUGUGGCUGCACUAUCAUAUGACCACUGGUCAGAGCUCUUUCUAAAGAAGAGGAAUAAGAGACUGAAAUACAUAUCCACCAAGGAAGAAGAACAAGGAUUACAGUUUGAGUACUCUGAUUCACUUUAAAAAAAAUUGGAAAUCCUCCUAUAUUGGAUUGGAUCUAUAUUGCAAUUGGAAUUCCCAAAUAAAUAUUUGGGAGCAUCAUCUUAAAUACCACUGAUUAAUGCAGGAAUAAAUAUUUGCACCUAAUAAGAACAAAGCCCUCUCCUAGAACAUUCAGCUUCUCAACACACACUAGGUGCUUAAUAAAUGCUAGUUGAUUGACUUAACUGACUCAACAACCAUGUAUUGAACACUCACUUGAGACAGCAACAUGACAGCAUAGUGCCCUCCUCUCACAUUUCUUUAUACUUACUUUGUACCUUUUUUGUAUACAAAGGCAGUUAAGAUGUAAUGAAUAGAGAGCUGACUUCAGAGGCAUAAAAUCUAGGUUCAAGUUUUGACUCUCCCACAUAAUGGUGUUUGAUUGGGCAAGUAGCCCAAGUGACACUCAUAGAUUAUAUUUCAGAGCAGGUGCUGAUCUCCACUGAUAGAGGGAAUUUCCUUAACAUGAAUUCCCUAUGGAUGAAAUCACAAUUUCCUCUAUUUUAAUAUUGACAUGAUCUGUGUACCUGUUAUUUAUCCCCAUUGUAUGGAAACCUUUUGAAGUCACAUAGUGUUUCAUUUUUAUCUUUAUAACUGUAGUUCUUCACACAGUCAGAGGUUUAAAAAUAUACUUGUUGAAUGAAUAGAUCAAAUAAUUAAUUAAUUAUUAGUUUAGGCUUGACUUUAGAGUUAGAAAGACCAAGAAUUUAAGUUUUGCUGUAAUACCUCUGACCAUGAGUAACAUGACCCCUGGCAACUUGUUUAAGACAUAGUAAUUACAAAUUUGCAUUGCUAGAAGUAGUUUCCAUAUGAAUAGCUUUUUUACAAGAAUAAACUCUCAGUUCUGGGGGGAAAAAGCAAACAAAAUAUAGAAGUAAUGUUGUACAGUGGUUAGAGCAUUGGAUUUGGAGCCAGAGAAACUUGGAUUCAAGUCCCCUUCUCCUGAUGGACUUCUCCAUACAACCUGUGUGACUCUAGGCAAUUAAUUUCUUCUCUUAGGCUCAGCUGCCUCUGAAAUAAUAAUAAUAAUAAUGAUGAUGAUGAUGAUGAUGAUAGUUGAUAUGUAUAUAUAGUCCUUACUAUGUUCCAGUAAACUGUAAUCUCAUUUCAUCUGUAAAAUGAAAAUUAUGACAUCUUUAAUAUCUCCCUCCUUGACUGAUGCGAUAUUUGAAGAUCUUAUAUACAAAUAACAGGAAAACCUAAUGUUCUCUAUAAAAGCCAGUCAUUAUGAUCAUGAACAGAGAAGGUGCUGGAUACUAGGGGGAGAGGGGUGCCUCAAUGAAACCUGGCCCUUGUCUAGUGGGGAGCUGUGUUGGUAAAGCUUCUGAGGUUUAUCUUCUCUAUCAGCGGGUGUACAGUAAGGGCUUAAUUGCCUGUCGGACAGUCUAAUGACCAUGUCGACUGCUGGGAGGGCUAACUGAGAGACUGGAUGUGAAAUUAUUUGACCUGAGUCAAAUCCAAAUCCGCACAGUACGAGUCCCUGUUGUUACACAGGCUUCUCCAAGUCUUAUCUCAUCCUUCACUAUAUUUGGAAGUGAUUUGGUCGGCAGGGGAACCGUUCCAGAGAAAGCACUCUGGAAACACUUUACAAAGUCCUCUCGAGAUGCUUUACCUCCUGGCUGCUUCUCUCCGGUCAUUAAUGGGCCUUGGCAGAUCUCUGUGGAUAUUGGCACAGGAGACCCUGCAGGUUGUGAAAGUCACAGAUUUAGAACUGGAAAGGAGCUUAGGAACUCUUGGCAACUAGACCGAGCCUAAUAGUUCUGUAGAUGGGGAAACCAAGGCUCAGGAUGGCGAAGUCGUUUGGCCAAGUUCACUUCAGAACUGAGUGCAGUGCAGAAAUUGAAAUCAGAACCUCUUAAUUCAAAUCCAGCCUUUUACCAUAGCAUCAGGCUGAGGACGUGGUUUUAGGGGGAUUUUAACAACAGUCAUGAAAUAUGCUGUUAUUUUGAUUUUUUAAGGGACAAAGAAAUCUUUUUGGUUCCUAAUCAUCUAAACAAUUAUAGGAAGCUUGGCUUGCGAACUUAUUGACUCUCUGACCUUCCCAUUAUAUAUGUGUGUGUGUGUGUGUGUGUGUGUGUGUGUGUGUAUAAAAUA